UAUAACCUUUAUAUCAUUCACUAAAUUAGUUAUACAGAAACAUUUUAAUACUUGUUGCUUUGGUUUAUGUCUCAGAUUGCCACUAUGUGUCACUGUGAGGAUAAAACGAGACACAGUUUAACAGUUUAUUUUAAUCCCGGAUGUUGCGGGUCGAUCCCUCCCUUCCUUUUUCCCUUCAACCCUUCAUCCCUUCCUCUCUACAUCAUAAACCCGCCUCCUUCCAUUCAUCCCAACGUUCAUCCCCUCAUCCCUCCCUCAUUUGAACCUUCACCUCUAUAUCCCUUGAAACCUCCUUCUCUUAACUCAUUCUUAAACCCUUUUCUACUUCCCCUCAUCCCUUCAAUCCUACUUCCCUUCAUUUCUCCUGCCCUUUAUCCCUCCCCUUUUACAUCCCUUCGAACCUUCCCUCAUUUGAGCCUUCACCUUUAUAUCCCUUUAUCCUUCCUUCCCUAAUUCAUUACUGAACCCCGUAUCCCUCUUUCAGAUUUGCCGUCAUCUAAACAUCCCUCCUUUUUCUACUUCCAUUCAUGACUUUCUUCCUUCAUCCCUACCUCUCUACAUUCCUUUAUCCUUCCCUCCCUUUAUCACUUUAUCCUUUCAUUCAUUCAUCCCCUCCCUUUAUUCCUCCCUCCCAUUUCCCUUCAUCCCUUCUUCCUGUCUCCCCUCAUCUCUUUUUAAAAAAAUCCAGUUCAUACAUGUGUCUUAUUUAGAGCAGGCAGAAUGGCCCUGAUUCAGUACCUGAUGUUUCACUGUCCUCUAGUGGUGAAUCGUAAGUGUGACACAUUCAGGCUUCGUCACUCUGAGUGCUCCCUCCACUGUCUGCUUUAAAGGAUCAGGUCACCCAGACUACAGAAACACCUAUUACCUCUCUCACCUCCAGUGGUAUCUAAACAUGCAGAUAGUUCAUAAUGAAGUUUGCUGCAUGCUGUUUGAUCAGUCUUCACAUUUUAAAGUUUCUCUUUACUUAAAAGUGUCAGAAUUGGGGGAAAGGACCCAGGCACAGAAGCAAUAGAGGAGGCAGGAGUUCUAAGGUAUAACAAAGGGCGAGCUUUCAUUGAAAGAAAAGCUGAAAAUAAAAAUGUACAACGAAAGAAAAGUAAUAAAAGAAAACAAAGACAAACCAGUGGAAAAGCUUCAGGUGGACGACCCGGGAGCAAGGCAGAGGCCCCAGAGACAGGGGCAUAAGUCACGGCGGGGGAACUCUGGAGGAUGGUUAGGAGUGCGACUGGAGGCCGCGGCGGGGACACUCCCGGGGCUGGGCUGGCAGACGGCGAGAUGCCUCUGGAGGACGGGCCUUAGGGCGACAGAACCCGCGAUGGGACCCCUCUGGAGGACGGCAGAAAGGCCGGCGUGGGCAGCAGUGGGAUCCCGCUGAAGGGCGGCAUGGAGGGCUGCGGGACCGCUUCGGAAGACCUGGAGUAGAAGGCGGUGGGACCACUGACGAGACAGGAGCUCGAGUCCGCAGGACAUGAACUGGCGUCGGCGGGAGCCCCGAGGAAGCAGUUGAUGGCGUCGGCAGGACCCUGGAGGGAGCAGGAACAGGUGUUGGCGGGACCCUGGCGGAACAGGGGACGGCGGGACCCCAACGGUGAAGGAACAGGUGUUGGCGGGAACCCCAUCGGAACAGGUAGUGAAGGGACCCCCAAGGGAGCAGGUGUUGGUGGGACCCCCAUCGGAACAGGUGAUGGCAGGACCCCAACAGAGCAGAAGCAGGUGUUGGCAGGACCCCAUAGGAACAGGUGAGGACGGGACCCCCAACGGAGCAGGAGCAGGUGUUGGCAGGACCCCCAUCGAAAGAAGUGAUGGCAGGACCCCAACGGAGCAGGACGGCUGGACCCCGGCAGAACAGAUCUCCACGGGACCCCAACCAGGACCGGAGCAGGUGAAGGCAGGACCCCCAUCAGAGCAGGAACAGGUGAUGCUGGAGUCGACAGGGCCGCCGGCAGGACAGGAGUAGCUGGAGUGGGCCGGACUGCAGCUGGAAUCAUGGCGUCUGGGCGCUGGCCUGGAAUUGUCAUUGAAGCCGGGGCAAGGGCAGUGUUACGUUUGAUUUUCCAUCCUCUCUUAUAACUAAUACUGUGCUCUUCAUCCUGUUCAGUAAAACUGCCUCAUGGUUCACAGGUGAAUGCAUCCCUGUUCCUGCACUACACCUGCAGACUGUGUGACGUCCUCAGUGCUCAUAGAGAGGAACUGUUUUAGCCUCAUCAUUUUUAAUCCUUUUUCAGGCUUUUUUCAGGAGUCAGUAUACGCAGCAAAGGGGGUCUUUAACCAUAGUUCAUUUAGUUUGAGAAAAGUUGAUACUUUGUAAAACAACAACUCUUUAUUGUGCAGAGGGUGUUUACUGUGGUUUGUGUCAUCAUGCAUAUUAAUAAUCAAAAGAGGAAGUAAGUCUAGUCUUUCAGCAACCUGAUAUCCGUCUUCUGCUCAUUGACGACAGAGGAAAGGCGUCUUUGAACACAUCGUUCCUCCUUCACUUCUCACAGAGAUGAGAGGAGCAGCUAUGAGUUUAACUGCAGCAGCGAGUGGAUUAGUGGUCUUCCUGCUCUCUGUGUCAGUGGUUCAGGGUCAGGAUGUCUGGGGAGUGACUUACUCUUCUACUGAGAUCUGUGCAGUGAAAGGAUCAACAGUGGAGAUAAACUGCAGCUACACAUACCCAUCUACAGUGAGAGGUGGUGUUAACACAGUAGAGAAAACAUUCUGGUUUACUAAACAGAAAGGUGGUGAACCUGUAGAUCUGAGAACAGACUCAGAGUAUGCAGGUCGUGUAGAGACUCUCUGUGGAAACAACACCUGCACUCUGAGAAUCAGAAACCUGAGAGAGAGAGACUCAGCUCAGUACAGGUUCAGGAUCAAAACAAACCAAGACGCUUAUGCUGGUGAUCCAGUCACUCUGUCUGUCCCAGAUCCAGGUAUCCAGGUGAAGGUGAGCAAAACAAGUUCCUGCUAUGGAGACUGUAUACAGGCAGACCUGGAGUGUGUCCGCGGUUGUCUUCCAACUUCUCGUCGUUCCUACAUCUGGUACAAGGAUGGACAGAAAAUAGCGAAGGAUGCAAAAUCUUUUAAUGACUAUUUCUAUCCUAAAGAAAGCUAUGCCUGUGCUGUUAAAGGAUAUGAGAAUGUCCCCUCUCCUUCAGUGUGUGUUAAUGGUGGAGUCUGCAAUACUGUGACUUACAGUGAGAGAAGCAUCUGUGCCUUCAAAGGAUCAUCAGUGGACAUUUCCUGCACGUACAGUAGUUAUGAAGACCAUGUUAAAUCUAAAUUCUGGUUCAGACCUGAGCGUAGUCAUCAGGACCUUAGUGAAGACUCCCAGUAUAGAGAACGUGUUCAGGUUCUUUCACCAAGGAGAGAAUCCACUCUGAGGAUCUCUGACCUGAGAGACUCAGAUUCAGCUCAGUAUCUCUUCACAUUCAAAACAGCAAGCUCUGAAUGGGGGAGGGAUUUACCUGGAACCACUCUGACUGUCACAGCUCUCCAGGUGCAGGUGAUCAGAGCAAAGGUCUACACCUAUUCUACUGAGGCAGAGCUGAAGUGUCACAGCUCCUGCAGUCCGGCUGGUUCCCUGUACUACGUCUGGUUCAAGAACGGAGAGACAAUCAUGACCACGGGGAUAUCUUCUUAUGAAGGACUGUUUCAUCCCAGAGACAACAUCUCUUGUGCUCUGAAAGGACAUGAAGACUUCCCCUCUCCUGCAGUGUAUGCUCCAAAGCUCCCCUCUGUGUCAGUGAGUCCCUCUGCUGAGAUAGAGGAGGGCAGUUCAGUGACUCUGACCUGUAGCAGUGAUGCUAACCCAGCAGCUAACUACACCUGGUACAAGAAGAGUCCAAAUGCACACUUUUCUCAUGUCAAUGAAGGACCGAUUCUUGUCCUCAGCUCGAUCAAUUCCUCUGAUUCUGUACAGCAUUACUGUACAGCUGAGAACAAGCUGGGGAAGACAUCUAGAGAUAUCUCCAUUGAUGUGAAAUAUGCUCCAAAGCUCCCCUCUGUGUCAGUGAGUCCCUCUGCUGAGAUAGAGGAGGGCAGUUCAGUGACUCUGACCUGUAGCAGUGAUGCUAACCCAGCAGCUAACUACACCUGGUACAAGGAGGAUGAAGACUCUCCAAAAGCUUCAGGACAGAUCUUCACCAUCACUGACUUCAGAGCUGAACACAGUGGGAAUUAUUCCUGUGAAGCCCAGAACAAGUUAGGACGUAGUAACUCCACCUUAUAUCUGACUGUUGGGACAGCAUCAUGGAAGCUACCAGCUGUUGUAACAAUCCCUGUUGUUCUCCUGGCUGUCAUCUCUCUCUCUGUCUUCCUGUGGAUCAGCAGAAGAAAGAGCGCUUCCAGGGAUUCAUCUGAACCUGCAGAGAGAGCGGACAACAGGGAGGAGCCUCUACCUGAUCAGCCGGAGGAGCAGGGUGACCUUCAGUAUGCCACCGUUCACUUCUCCAACAGCCGAGCAGAACCUCUGUACUCCAACAUGAGAGCAGAUCAGCCCCUCAGACACACGGAGCAACAGGAAGUCCCGGAGUACGCUGCCGUCAAGUUCAAGAGUGCUGCCCCGAGGCCCAGAGGGCAGGACUCUGCAGAGGACCCAGCUGCGUUGUACAGCACGGUCAACAAAUCCCACUGAACACAGCAGGCGAUGCAUGUUCUAUAUUUCUAUGAUUCUUUUACAUUCACAUCUGUAAUUUCCAGGUUCAUUUAGAUUUGUUUUAAAUACAUAUAGGAUGUGCUUCACCAAGAUUGUGCCUUAGAAACAAUUGUAUAUCUCAGAGAAACUUACAUUUAUACAUUCAACAUCAACGUUAAGCUUGUUUCUUUUACUCUGAUUGGUUCAGCUGCAUUAGAUAUGAAACACAGAGUCUUUUUAUUCACAUUAUUAAAAAAAGGCUCACUGCAGUACUGCAAAGUGCCACUAGUGGAAAGUAUUUGAAGACUUAAUGCAUUGGUUUGUAAAUAUAACUUUAACCUGAUAUUUGGGCGGGUCCACUGAGAUGUGAGGAUGGGGGGAGGUCUGUGUUAUUACCUUACAGAAAUCUAUCCUGCAGAGGGGGGAGGGUCAUUCAUAUUAUACAUAUUGUUAAAAUAUAUAUAUUAUUAUUACAAUUAUUAUUAAUAUCAUUAUUCAUUUCAGUAUAUAAUUAACUCUAUGGAUAUUACAAUUUAUUUCUAUUAUUAUUAUUAUUUUAUUGUUGUAACAACUAUUUAUUUAUAUUUUAAAUAAUUAUAUUAUAUUUCUCAUUUUCAUUGUUGAUAUUUACUAUUUUUCUUUAAAUAUAUUUGUAUUAUUAUUAUUGUUCUUGUUUUCCACUGCCAGCUCUUUUUGUUGGAAAGCUGCAAAUAUUACGGAGAUAUCUCAACACCUACUCGGUUGAUUGCCGUAUAAUUUAGUUCAUGUACAUAUAUUAUCUCACAGGUUAUUUUGAAGGAUAUUAUAUUCAUUACAUUUUUUAUAUUUUAUGUUCUAAUCAAUAUCCUUUCAUUAAGUACAAAUAUACAUAUUGCUUUUGAAAAGUUCAUUGGUUUUGCAAAGGAACCUCCGUUAGUGUAUCCAGCUGCAGUUCCAUCCUGCUGCCACUAGGGCUCAGUAAAGUAUUUCACUGAUAGAAAACCCUUUUCCAAGAGCCUGUGAACUUUCCCUUUGUGUGGGUACGGUCAUUUUCCCCACGUUCUUUGUCUUUCUUUUUACCAGCUCCAUUAUUCACAUUUGAUAGAGUUACAUUUUGUAGAUUUUUAGGUAUAUAACCAUAACAGCUCAUUACAAUAGUGUAUCCUUCUUCCUUUGUUAUAACUGUUAGUAUUGCUCUGUUCUUUUGCUCUGUAUAUCAUGUGUUUAGAUUAUCCUUGUGCUGGUCUGAAUUGAUUUGAGUUAAUACAAAAUAUGUCCAUACCAGUGCCAUUACCUGUGAUGUCAAAAUAAAACAGCUGCACGUGUCCGCUUAAAAUAAUAAAGCUGCAGUGAGUAAAGUGUCA